AAGUUUGGUUACCAGUAACAACUACUCCUAACAUACUAGUUUCUAAUCUUAGACGCAUCAAGAACCAAAAAGUUGCACACGCAUUUAUCCCUAACCCAGAGAAUAAACCCCAUGUUAAUCAUAUUAAUGGUAUCAAACAUGAUAAUCGAGCUGAUAAUUUGGAAUGGAUAACUCCUAAAGAGAAUGCUUUACGUAGGAUAUUCCCAAAUCAUGAUCGUAUCGGAUCUGAAAAAUUGUGUAGAAAACAACUUGAUUCACGAAAAUUCAGAGUUUCAUCUCUCGGAAGAAUUCAGUUAACAAAUGGUGAAAUCACUCAAGCAUUUUGUCCUAAAGAAGAAGGAAAAGAAUAUGUAAAUCAUAUUGAUGAUGACUCUACUAAUAAUAAUGCAUCUAAUCUUGAAUGGUGCACAUUAAAAGAAAACAUUCAACACGCUGUACGUCUUGGGCUUCAUAACUUCAAAGAUAGUAAUAGAUACCAACGUCCUAUUAGGCAGAUUUUUGAUGAUAGUUCUACUCAAGAAUUUCCAUCCAUAGCUGAAGCGUAA